GAAGAGCCGGCACCUAUCCAUCCCUUCCACCAAUGAAAGCCGUUGGUCGUUCGGCCAGGCCUUGCUCCCGGUAACUUAACCCAAACCAGUAGGUAGGAUUGAUAUCUGCUUAUUCUCUACUCGAGCAUUGACUCACCUAAGGCUGGUGUGGCAGAUCUGCCGGUAGGUUGCACGGCGAGGUCCCUUUCCCUGGAAUAUGUUGGUCGAUGAAUUCCGUCAACCCAUUUCUGGACUUUCGUGCCAUUUUACUGCCAGGGCGAAACCGUGGAUGGAAGGCGCGCAUGUGAACUUUGGAAUAAGAUCAAGUGCCCCGCGUACUGAGUCAUUCGGUACCAACACCGGCAUAGCUAUCCAAGUAUCUAGCAAGAAGUGCCUGGGCGCAGGGAUUACAAAUUUGUAUGGCAGAUUGUCUGUGCGUGUCUGUGCCCGUCUGAGAGCCAUACUAAAUUCUGACGGGAUCCAGCACGCAUGUUCAGGUACUUCUUGCUGGGUACCUGUCCAGAGUAUAGCAGGGCCUAGCUGGUACAGGUACUCGCAACAUCCAGAGGGCGACUCCCCUGCCUUGGUAUGUUAGUAAUGGAUCAAUUGGGAAGAUGCAUUACGGGGAUGAGAGGGAUAGGCCUUCCUGUGCCCUGACUCACUCAGUCAACUAAACUUCCGCUCGCCUUCCAUAUUUCAUAUGAUAGGAGGUAAGGCUACCCUAGUACUGGUACUCUACCUUACCGGUACUUUUCCUACCAAGACUGGAUAAUUAGAAUGUAUGGAAGGAACGGAGCCCAAGACCCAGCCACCCCACCGGUACCGAAGCUGAUUUGUGGUGGUGCACAUUGCCUCUAUCUGCACACUGUUAAAAAAGGAAAACCGUAGGGUUUCCUUGAGCCCAAAAGUGCGUAUAUCCAUUUAAGGGACGAGCUGAUGGCAUUCACUUGGGAACUCAAGUAAUGUUGGUAGCUGAAGCCGGUCGAGGCGGGCUAGCGGGAAUAUAUCGUGGUAGGAAUUCUGAGUCAUUGUAAGUCGGUUGAAUUAGCUCUCGCUAAGUCAAAGAGGGAAGGUGCUUGGAAGCAUGGAAUUCCACUUGAAGGAUUCCCCGGCUUACAUGAUGUUUCGAGCUCUGAAGCAGGGAAUCGAUCUGAUGACUAACACACCUUAUAAUGUAGUAAACCUAUUUCCCGCUGUGCGUGCAGCAGUCUCCUUUGGGUAAUAGAACGACUUGACGUGGUAUAGCGUGCCAUAGUUGGUUCAUCGCAAAGUCGCAGAUCACCCACUAGGCCCUCCCGUAUCCAAUAUGGCAUCUAGGAGUAAGGCGGUGGCCUCUAGGAUUCCAUAGGGCUGUUAAGGAUGCAGAUUUGGAGUUCUGAUUAUGAACUACUAGCUAUAUAAAACUGGGUAUUUAGAUUCUUGGUCAUAGAGAAUCACCCGGUCAUGCCUUCUGUGUGUACACCUGUUGGAUGGAGUUCGAGGGCGAUUGCCCUCCUUUAUGCUAGAUCUUCUGGGUGGUGGAUGGUAAGUAGACUCUGGGAUUGACCCGAAGAGAA